UCUCAUUCUCGUUUAUGCCGCGGAGGUGUGUGGUGUGUGGUGGUGGUUUGCGAAUGUAAAUUGCGAUAUUGAAGUAUGAUGCCAUUGUAAUUCAGUGUUUUAUUCACUUAAGCCUUUGGAGGUCGCUGAAGUGUCAAAAUUUUGCAAUUUUGUCCUUAGGAGCAGCCAUGAGGCUUUCAAGAUGCUUGCGAAGCGUGAACAAGAUGUUGGAAUAUUACUCUGGAUUCAAUCCAUCUCCUUUGUCCAUAAAACAGUUUAUUGACUUUGGUAAGGCUGCAUCAGAGCAGCAGAGUUUCAUAUUUCUUCGUCAGGAGGUGCCGGUGCGGCUGGCUAACAUCAUGCGUGAGAUCCAGCUGCUGCCCGAGAGUCUGCUCACACAGCCAUCAUGCCGUACGGUGUGUGAGUGGUACAUGCAGAGCUUCAAUGACAUCCUCCGCUUUGAGGAGACCGGCCCGCCCACCGACAGCGUUCUCAGAGAUUUCUGCGAGACGCUGAUCACGAUCCGCAACCGGCACAGCAGCGUAGUGCAGACGAUGGCCGAGGGUGUCAUCGAGAUGAAGCAGAGCGUCAAGCUGGACACCUCGACCGAGAACAACAUCCAGUACUUCCUCGACCGCUUCUACAUGAGCCGCAUCAGCAUACGCAUGCUCAUCAACCAGCACACGCUGCUGUUCGGGAAACAGCGCAAAGAGGCCGGCGUCGGUCAGGUGGGCUGCAUCGACCCCUUCUGUAACGUGGUGCACGUGAUCGAGGACGCUGCUGCCAACGCGCGCUUCCUCUGCGACCGGUACUACCUGGCCUCGCCAGAGAUCGAGAUCACACAGGUCAACGCCAUGGUGGCCCCGGACGCCGGCAGCAGCAGCGACAGCGACGGCGGCGUGCAGUCGCCCAUCACGCUGGUGUACGUGCCGUCGCACCUGUACCACAUCCUGUUCGAGCUGCUGAAGAACUCGAUGCGCGCCGUGGUCGAACACUACCCGGACACCUCCGACUUUCCGGCCAUCCAGCUUCUGGUAGUCAACGGCAAGGAGGACCUCACCAUCAAGAUCUCUGACCGCGGUGGCGGUGUGCCCCGCAGCGUCAGCGACAUGCUCUUCCACUAUCUGUACUCGACGGCGCCCAAACCGUCGGCCUCGGGUGACGCCGCUCCGCUAGCAGGGUACGGGUACGGGCUGCCGCUCUCCCGCCUGUACGCACGCUACUUCCAGGGUGACCUGAUCGUCAACUCGUGCGAGGGAUAUGGUACAGACGCCAUCAUCUACCUGAAGGCGCUGGCCAAGGAUGCCAACGAGGUGCUGCCUGUGUUCAACAAGUCGUGCGAGCGCCACUACCAGAGCGCGCUGCGUGCCCCCGACUGGUCGUCCCACGUGCUGGGCGCCAACACGGGCAGCGCCGGCGGCCGCAACCUGAGCACCUGGGCGGCGGCGCCUCCGGCCGGCACUGCACGCUGUUGACGACGGGCCGCGGCGGCCGGCCGGCAGGCCAUGACGUCGCCGCCCGUACUGUAGGCAGUGGAGAGGACACCGGUCACCGUAGCCCGGGGUCCGCCCAUGGACCAGGACACCGGUCACCGUAGCCCGGGGUCCGCCCACGGACCAGGACACCGGUCACCGCAGCCCGGGGUCCGCCCACGGACCAGGACACCGGUCACCGUAGCCCGGGGUCCGCCCACGGACCAGGACAUCGGUCACCGUAGCCCGGAGUCCUCCUCUGGACCAGGACACCGGUCGCAGUAGCCCGGGGUACUUCCCUUGAGUGGGCAGCAGACCGGGGAGGGCACCGACCGCAGUCGCCCGAGAUUUUCCGUCGCUGUGGAUACCGGUCAGUAGCCCGAGGGCCGCCCUCGCUGUAGGUAGGCGAUCGCAGAAGCUCGAGGGCCGCCCUCGCUGUGGGCAGCGGCCCGAACACCGGUCAGAGGAGGCUGGUGCACAGUCAGGACCGCCCGGGGCUCAGCCGCCGGCUGACGGCGGCUGACCAGGUAGCCGGCUCACACUGGGCCGGGGGCCCGGAAAAGUGCUAGAAAUUAUUUGUGAUUGAGUUGUUGAUCUCAGCGACAAGCAAACAUGCUAAAAACGAAGUGGGGCUGCUUAACCCUCGCCGGACCUGUUGUCGGACCCCCCACCUCCUCGGCCGGCCGAGGGGGGAGGGUUGGUACGACCCCUUUUCGCCGUUUCGCCCCUAAUGGAGCUAGAGCCUCGCGGAAAAAACAAGCGUGUGCGCCGUUUCAAGACGGAAUGAUUGAUACCCGAUUUCAAGGUCCCAUGUCAACCGGUAACCUCUGAGGUGAGGUCAAAAAGCCCAAGGUAGGGUUUGGUUUUUGGUAAAUAAUUUCGCAUAAAAUGGUCGCAGAGCAGCGAUUUUGGCACCAUCGUGUUUGCCUGGCUCAGGCACGUCGAAUGGUAUACUUUUUGUUCGGGUGAGGUCAACUUAAGGUGUUGACCUCAGGUCAAGGUCAGGUCAGCACCCCCAGGUCACGAAGUUGGUCGAAAGAGGUCAUGUCGCAUAUCAUUCGAUUCGGGAGGUCUUCCCGAGUCCAUUGGUGGCUUUCCCGAGUCGCUGGCUCAAUUUGAUCAUGAGUUAUUGACAAGAAACUCCUAUGACCGUAGUGACGUCAUAAAUGACGUCACGGAAGGUCAAAAAUGCAAAAGUAAAGCAACGGAUCUUGCAAGGAGUGCAUGAAAUCACGAUUCCCUGUGCUUGAGAUAGUUUGAGAUCAUUCCAUGCGCAAAAACAACAGUUUCCUUAUCUCCCCAUUUACUUUUAAUGGUGAUGUCACGUGACCUCGAAGAGUAGCAGGCAUUAGCAAAAAUUGCGAGUAGGGCAUGACAGAAAGAUGAUUAGUGGUUUGUAUGGCACGGUCAUUUUUAGCGGCUCGAAAUAACAUUUCUCAAAAAGUUUAACUUAAGAGCAAGUUGUUGUUGAUUAUCACUUACUUGUGUUUGGGGGUUAAUAAUGACUGAAUUUUUUAGUUUGGCCCAAAAAUUUUGACAGCAUUGUGUGCGUUGAUCAAUUCUGAGCUCAGGGACAUAUAUUUUAUUCAGAUUAUAAGCCUUAGUUUUUCACAACUUCCAGCGCUAUAAAGAGCGCCGGGCAUUCAGUAGAGCGGCGAGGUGACAAUUGCCCCUACAUCAUGUGGUUUACUGGCGCAUAUCUCGAAAAGUAGCAGGGAAAAGCAGCAAAGUACCUAUAUGGAACGAAAGAUGAGUAAUCAGCGGCUAGUAUAAGAUGUUUAUUUUUAGCUGCUCGAAAUAACGUUUUUUUAAAAGUCUAUUUAAAAAUUUAGAUAUGAUUUUUAUUUAGGUCUUGCAGCUGCUUGCAAAAAGCUGGCUUAUCUUGCAGAAAAGCGAUGCAAUAUGUAAGAAUGUUGUUGGUACAGUGAACAACAGUGCCCUGAACUAGUCUGACAGAAAAUUGCGUUCAAAACGACAACUGGUCAACUAAUAAAUAUCAACUAAAGAUUAGCAUUAAAAUCGGCAAAUAUGGUGGCCACUAGCGAGUCUAAAUAGUCUUGUGUUUGGUGACAACUGACCACCUCAAUUUCGACCUUAGGGCAAAAAUGGCAUCGGAAUCGUAUUCUUCGAUCAAUUUGGGAUUAAAUGAUACCUAUUUUGUUCCUAUUGCAGACAGUCAGUUUGGGGGAAUUUCUAGCGCUUUUUCGGGCUGCCGGCCUACAGUGCGGCUGCUCUAACAGGUCGGGCCGGCGGGGAUCGAGUCCUGCGCUCCCGCCCUCUGUGCCAUGUCUCUGCAGAGACUGCCACCGAUCGCCGGUGCAGGCAGGGUGUGCCAGCCUACGGCGGCGCCCCGGUGUGGCUGGAGGGCAACUGUCUGUUGUCUGUGCACCAGCGUAGUAUGAUUUUAUUCGCGCACUUCCAGAGCUCUAUACCUUUGUUAGCACUCAGUACAAACAGGUUGCCAAUGCUGUUGGUUUCUUGUGCCAUAUAUAGAUUCUAUCGUAGUUUAGCCUUCACGAUGGUCAGCACGGUGGAUAACGGUGCCCUCAACACACAAACUUUCGGAUGCCACCAAGUUGCCACACUCAGUGAAAUGGCCGCGCCUCCGAAUGCGGUCGGACGCUCUCAGUGUUCACCUGGCUGUGUCAUCAUGCACCAUGGCUUUCGUUGUACAUCUGAAUUACGUACCUACUAGGAAUCGAAUCAUGACAUCUUUGUCCCUUCGUAAACUCUCCGAUUUCCGUUUGUUUUCAAUGGAUGAUUGCCGCACUUGUAUUUUUAUGGAGGCUGUGUGAGUUGAACCUGUGACUAUGACCUUAGAGUCAGGGGUGGCGGAAAAGUUGGGUUGGAAGCGUUCGUUUAUCGCUGUCAGUGAUCGAAGCUCUUUUGGAACGCACCAAGAACACACGCAAAAUAAGUAUCGUUGGGCCGUGCGAUGUUGAUUCUGUAGCCUCGUAUCAGAGCACUAUUGGCACAUGAUGGUAUUUUUUCAACCGUGGAUAUCGAAGACGGCCGCUUUUAAAGAAAGUACGGGGUAUUAAGUUUGUGCAGACUAUCAUGAAACUUUGGCGUGAUUUUAGUGACCUAUGAGCGUGCAAUGUUAGCAUAUAUUGUUUUAGUAAGCCAGAUGUACUUACAUGGUGACCCACCCCGUAUACAUAGCCGCUGUCCCAGCCGAGCGAGGUAGACUACUAGCACCCUAUGGGGAUGAGUUUGUGAAAAUGUACCGGUUCUGCAGGUGAAGGCCGGUCCUCAGUCGAUUGUUACCACCUACCAGUAGCGGUGUUUUGGUUGUGUGACGUCCUCCAGCUGAGAGGAGUCUGCCACAGGCGCUAGCCGUUCGGCGAGAAAACUGUGUCGGGGGUUAGGGCGUCUUCCUAUAAAUGCGAGUGAGAUAUUCUAGAAUAAAUGUGGGUUUGUGUGCUG